AUGAGAACUUCGUCGUAUUUCAACGAUUUUCAGAAUUUCAUUAGCGGUUCCGUGUGCGGCUUUGAUGGAUACACUUUUAUGGUCUGUUGUGCCCUGACCCGCAAUCUACAAAGCCCAGCAAAAACUAUCCCUUUCAAUCCCGUCGCUACACAACAACAGAGUGGACCAAAUACAUUGACAUUUAAAUUUUCAUCGCUCAAUUCGAAUGCCGGCAUACAAACAUCGCCACAAAUUAAUCCAACGAGUAUGCCAUCACAAUUAGUAACCCCAGCGCUAAUAUUUCCAACGAGCGUGCAGCCAGUACCCAGCAGUACAAUAGGCACUGGCAUCUUGCCAACCAACCCCAACCGGCCAGUUGUGGUAUUGCCACCUUCAAUUCCAAACAACGUCAAUUCCACAGUUGUAAAUAUACCCACGCGCUUGCCAUCGUUGAGAGGGCAGCAAAGUUGCGGAUUGACUUCAGCUUAUACAAAUAAAGUUGUUGGUGGUUCAGAAGCUAGUCGAGGCGCCUAUCCAUGGCUCGUCGCUUUGGGCUAUCGCGACGAAUAUAAACCGGAUGCUUUGAAGUUCCUUUGUGGUGGUAGCUUAAUCUCAAGUCGCUAUGUUUUAACCUCUGGACAUUGCAUCAAUGCCUUGCUGAGCACAGUACGCCUGGGUGCACAUGACCUUGGCAAUGUUAACGAAGAGGGUGCCAUAAAUAUAUCGGUUGAAAGUAAAAUAGUGCAUGAGCAAUAUAAUGAGCGUUAUGUCGUUAAUGAUAUAGGAUUGGUUAAGUUGCGCGCAGCAGCGCCAAAUACAGCAUAUAUUGGCCCAAUUUGCUUGCCUGAUGGAGAACGCUUCGAACAGAAUUUUGUGGGCAUGAACCCAUUUGUUGCUGGCUGGGGUGCAGUUAAGUUUCAGGGUCCAAGUUCAAAUGUUUUGCGUGACGUUCAAGUGCCCAUUGUGAACCAGCAGUCUUGUGAACAGUCCUAUAGUUCUGUGUUUCAACAUAUUGCAUUUACUGAUAGGUUCAUCUGCGCUGGCAAUUCUUAUGUGGAUGCUUGUCAGGGGGAUUCCGGUGGGCCACUGAUGAUGCCGAUGCUGGAGAAUGGCGCUUAUCAUUAUUACAUACUUGGCUUGGUUUCUUACGGUUACGAAUGCGCACGAGCUGGAUUUCCAGGAGUUUACACACGUGUGGCUUCCUAUUUACCGUGGAUUCGUAGUCACAUGACUUAA